GGCGGUGUAUUUAUUUUUUUAAAGGUUUUGAUUGUCUUUCUUUUUGUCUGAAUUGUUUGAAUUUUGAUUUUCUAUUUUAGGAGAAUUAUGAGGUGAUGACAAACUUGGUUGGUGAAUUACGAGGAAGAAUUUCAACCAUUCUCCAAGGUGGAGGAGAGAAGGCAAGACACAGACAUAUCUCUAGAGGUAAACUUCUUCCAAGGGAGAGAAUCCAGAAAUUGUUAGAUCCAGAAUCACCAUUUUUAGAACUAAGUCAGCUGGCUGGCUAUGAAUUGUACAAGGGAGAAGAUGUUCCAGCUGGGGGCAUCAUUACCGGGAUAGGACGAGUGUCUGGGGUAGAAUGUAUGAUUGUUACAAAUGACCCGACAGUAAAAGGAGGUUCCUAUUAUCCAAUCACAGUGAAGAAACAUAUACGAGCUCAGGAAAUAGCACAGCAGAAUCAUUUACCAUGUAUAUACCUUGUUGACUCAGGAGGUGCUAAUCUUCCCCGACAAGCUGAUGUAUUUCCAGAUCGGGACCAUUUUGGCCGCAUAUUCUACAAUCAAGCAAACAUGUCUUCAUUGAAUAUACCCCAGGUUGCCGUCGUGCUAGGAUCUUGUACAGCAGGGGGCGCCUAUGUACCAGCAAUGGCUGAUGAAAGUAUUAUUGUCAAAAAACAGGGUACCAUUUUCCUGGGUGGACCUCCAUUGGUAAAGGCAGCUACUGGUGAGGAAGUUUCUGCUGAAGAUUUGGGUGGAGCUGAUCUACAUUGUAGUAAAUCCGGGGUAACAGAUUACUAUGCACAAGAUGAUACUCAUGCCUUGCAUCUAGCAAGAAAUGUUAUCAGAAAUAUCAACUAUAAAAAAGACCCUCAGGUAACAGUUAUACAGCCAGAAGCACCCCUGUAUCCUGCAGAUGAACUGUAUGGUAUUGUUGGUGGAAAUCUUAAGAAAACCUUUGAUGUCCGUGAGGUUAUAGCGCGGAUAGUAGAUGGUAGUAAAUUUGAUGAAUUUAAAGCUUUAUAUGGUGAAACACUAGUCACAGGGUUUGCAAGAUUAUGGGGUUAUCCUGUAGGUAUUAUUGGAAAUAAUGGUGUCCUGUUCUCAGACUCAGCUUUAAAGGGAACACACUUCAUUGAGUUGUGCAGUAAGAGGAAUAUUCCUCUAAUUUUUCUACAGAAUAUUACGGGUUUUAUGGUCGGUAGAGAGGCAGAAGCAGGUGGUAUAGCUAAGCAUGGGGCUAAAAUGGUAACUGCUGUAGCUUGUGCUAACGUGCCAAAAUUUACUGUGAUAAUUGGUGGUUCAUACGGGGCAGGCAACUAUGGAAUGUGUGGCAGAGCUUAUAGUCCGAGAUUUCUGUACAUGUGGCCUAAUGCAAGGAUAUCUGUAAUGGGAGGUGAACAGGCAGCUGGUGUUUUGGCACAAAUCACUCGUGAACAAAGACAGCGGGAAGGAAAAACAUGGACGGAAGAAGAGGAGAAAGCUUUAAAAGAUCCUGUGAUAAAAAAAUAUGAGAUUGAAGGCAGCCCGUACUUCUCUAGUGCAAGGUUGUGGGAUGAUGGAGUUAUAGAUCCUGCAGAUACUCGUAAUGUUCUUGGACUUUCACUUAGUGCAUCACUGAAUGCACCACAACAAAACACUUCAUUUGGUGUUUUCAGAAUGUGAUAUUACUAUUCAUUUAAUGGAGUUGUGCAAAUUAUUUAAGGAACUUUUGCGUGGUAGAUUCUUUAUGGUAUUAGUGAACAAAAUGAUUCAGGUUGAACAUGUUUAUUUAACAGAAAUAAUUCUAGUAAAUGUUCUUUCAAAUUACUUAACCCUUAUCUGCUAAAUUUCUGAAAUGGACUGGUCCAUCAUUCAAUUUGGGCAGUAUCCAUUAUUAUUCAAAGGGGUGUUCACUGAAAAUUUACUGACUGAAUAGCAAACAUUGCAGACCAUGAUCAGAACCGUGCAGGCUGAUCUUGGUCUGCACUGGUUGCAAAGAAUGCUGCUUUGCCAUUGGUCAGUUUCAAAACAUUUGACAUUUUGUGUUCAUAUACCCUUUAUGUCUAAAGUUAAAUCCCCACUUUUUCUUUACUCUGGUUUUUUGUUGUGAAAAAAUUCCAGCUGAUACUUGAUUUAAGGAUAGAAGCUGUAUCAUAAUCAUUUAUGACAAAUUCUUGUCAAUCAAACUUUAGUGAAAAAGUAACACCACUUGUUCAAUUAAGAUUAUCUUCGUAUACAUGUCUACCAGUAGUAAAUGAACUGUUAUGGAAUUGCUUUAAGACCAAAUGUACAAGGCUGUGCGCGUCAGCGUUCCUGCAUUUAUUGUAGUGAAAGAUAACUUUUUCUAUUCUUUUGCACCAUGUUUACUUAAAAAUGCCAGGCACAUGACUGUCAGUCAGGAAGUCCUAAGUUUGGAUCACAGGUAGGAUGUUUGCUCUUGAUGAUGUUGUGUUAAAGGUCAUUUGUCCUCAGAAAUUGUCCUGUACAAAACUUGCUCAAGCUAUACUGGUCUAGUCUUGGUUAAUUUUCCCUGUAUGGCUAUAAAGAAAACUUUGAAAAUCUUCUCUUCUGAGCAUUCUGAUCCGCUUUCUAAGUAAUUUAGAAGAAAAGGUUAUUGGAUGAUGUUCUACCAAAAUUGUUACAUGUUGCUGUUCAAGUUGUGAAAUUUUAUUGAGCGAUCUGAGACCAUGAUGGCUCUCUUGCUGUUUGAAAGUCCAAUCUAUUUAGCUACCUCGAAGUCGAUACCUUUUUAUUUUAUGUUUUUCAGUGGUUUAUUGAAAUAUAACAUUGGAUUAUUUUUGAAACAUUCACAGUUUCAACAGUGAGAUUUCGUUUCAUAAUGUUCACUGUUGCGGCGAAAUGCGAAAGAAUAUGAGUAUAUCAAUAAUCGAAUUCUUUCCAACAUAAACAUCAGUAAAGGUAUAGAAGUGUAUAAAUACCAAUAAAAAUAUGCUGUUCAGCGUGUUUUGCAUAUGACAAAUUGCUAAAGUGAUGUGUCAUUACGUUGCGUGAGUAAAACUAGAAUGAUCUGGUAAAAACCCAUUGAUAAAAUGUGAAAUACAUUUUAGAUCGAAAUAUCGUUCACUCAAGAUCACUAGAGUUUAAUUUUUCACUCCUGGAUAUACCACAUGUGAAAAUCUCACGUCCGAUGUUCACUCAAUGAAGGAUAUUUUGAUUUAGCAUUGAAACAGGCCCUCUGUGUUAUCGUUUAUUGUUAAGCAUGUUUACAUCAAACAGCGUCUGACGAGUAUUUUAUGUAUUUUUGAGAAUGGCUGAAUUAUGUAUAACAUUUCUUUGCUAUUUCAUUGUAUAUAUGAGUGAUUACUUAAAUAAAUGAUUAACUAUAAUGUCAA